AAAUACUGUAAUAGCGUCGCCCGGACUCGAACGGGGGACGUAAGAAAUCAGAUAAGUAGUAGUAGUAGUACAGUAGUACUUAAGAUUCUUUUGUUGGUUUAGAGACGACUGACGAGGGGUUGAGUGGUGUAGGUAGGUUUGCAGUCCAGCAAAUACUGUAAGUUAAAUGGCAGUGCGAUUCAACUCGGUGAAGCCUCUAAUAAUUGCGGGUUCCUUAAUAAAUUCGCAACAAAUCCUCCUCAACCCCUUUUCGGUGAACCGUCGGGUUCUACUCUCCGCAGCUCCUGCAGCUCAAAUGGCGACUACUGCUAAUACUUCUACAACUACCACCAAGCUCAUCGAUUCGCAUUUGCAUGUUUGGGCAUCUCCUAAGGAGGCUGCAGAUAUGUACCCUUACUUUCCUGGUCAAGAACCCACUUUACCAGGCCAUGUCGAUUUCUUGCUUGAAUGCAUGGCAGAAGCAAGUGUAGAUGGUGCACUCAUCGUCCAGCCCAUUAAUCAUAAGUUUGACCACUCCUAUAUGACAAGUGUAUUGAAAAAGUAUCCGACCAAGUUUGUCGGUUGUUGCCUGGCAAAUCCAGCAGAAGAUGGGAUUGGGCUUAAGCAGCUUGAACAUCUUAUUCUGAAGGAUGGGUAUCGUGCAGUUCGCUUCAAUCCAUACUUAUGGCCUCCUGGUCAACAGAUGACAAAUGAAAUUGGGAAGUCAAUGUUCUCCAAAGCUGGAGAGCUUGGAGUACCAGUGGGUUUCAUGUGUAUGAAGGGACUUAACCUUCAUCUAUCAGAGAUUGAGAGAUUGUGCACAGAAUUUCCCUCAACUAUUGUAAUGCUUGAUCACUUGGCAUUCUGCAAGCCACCAACAAAUGAUGAGCAAAAGCUAGCUUUCUCUGAGCUUUUAAAGCUAAGUAGAUUUCCACAGGUUCAUAUAAAACUUAGUGCCCUAUUCAGGGUAUCGCAAAAGCCAUAUCCAUACGAAGAUUUAUCCAAACUUCUCUCCCAAGUAGUCUCCAGUUUUGGUGCCAACCGUGUCAUGUGGGGCAGUGACUUCCCAUAUGUUGUUCCGGAAUGUGGAUAUAAAGAAGCUAAAGAAGCAGUAUCCAUCAUUGCCAAUCAAGUACCUCUAUCAUCUUCUGAGUUGGAGUGGGUCAUGGGUAGAACAGUUAUGCAACUCUUUCAAGGGCACUGGCUUUCUUAAGCAAGGCAAGUCUACACCUCAUUGUUCGCAAUAUGAUGUAUGAAAGAUUGUGCUGAAGAUAGACACAGAUUCACAGUUAACUACUUUUAGUGUCGUACAACAUCGAACUUCAUCAAGAAUUACGGGAUACCAGAAACUUUUCUAAUAUGGACAUGACUCAUGAUUGUUUUCCGUAGGACAUUACAAGUUUAGGAUGUGACACUGCUUAUUGGAAAAAAGCUCAUGAGGCAUGUGAGCUGACUUAAUUAAUAA